GAGAUCUCUUCGCCCUGGAAACUGCAAUCACUGCGGAUCUCUCUCUGGAUAUUUGGCAGUUUAUUUCAGAUGCAGCCGAAUGACCCGCUUGCUGUUUCCCUGCAGUAGCAAGAUGACCGUGACCCCCAAAAGUUUCCAGCACUUAAAGCACACAGCGCAGCCUGAAGCCGCAAGGGGCCGACAACUCUUGCGGCUUCCCCCGCCCUUCUAUUGCGGAGCCUAGGAAAGCUAGGUCGGAACGCGGGCCACGCACACUCCUGGGCGCAGGGAAUUGGAGGCUAAACCCACAGGCAGCGCUGCGCAGAGAAGUCAAAGGCCAGUCUGCAAGUCGAAGCGUGUGAGGAGCACUGAAGAGUGCCCAUCCCUGCUAUACUACAAGGACCGGCAUGCACCGCGCCGCGGCGGCAAGUCCCACUUCGAGACCCCGACGCAACGAAGCCUGGGAAGUGAAGUCUCUGGGCGUCCCGAGUCGCGUCGCGAAGGCAGAAGGGAGGCGUUGCUAGUCCGCUCCAUUAGCACGCCGGUUCCUGGCCGGGCUCCGAGCCUCUCGCUCCCGCUCUGGGUUUUCGCGGGCGGCGGGAGCAGUAUGGCUCGCUUGAGUAAACUCCGGAGGGAGGGGGGAGAGGGGAGUGGAUGGGGAGGCGGGGUCAGCGGAAGCGGCAGGUUGCUUCCUUCUCCUCUCGCUCCCUCCCCGCCUCUCCCUGAGGGAGCGGUGGGAGGGGGAGGGAAGGGCAGAGGGAAGGUAGUGACACGUGUCAAUCAACCCCCCUCCGGGGGGCGCGCGCUCCGGGGCUCGCGCCGAGGGCUCGCGCCCCUGCCUCGUGCCUGCGCCGCUCGUAUGUAAAUGAGGGCGCGUGACGCGGGACGCAGAUGGACAAGGGAAGAGAGAGAAUGGCCGCUGCCGCCGCCGCUGCUGCCGCCGCCGCCGCCGCCGCCGCUGCUCAGUGCCGGAGCCCUCGGUGCGCGGCGGAGAGGAGAGGAUUCCGGCGGGAACUCGACUCUUGGCGCCACCGUCUCAUGCACUGUGUAGGUUUUGAGAGUAUUUUAGAAGGGCUUUAUGGACCACGGCUACGAAGAGACCUCAGUUUAUUUGAAGACUGUGAACCAGAAGAGCUGACUGACUGGUCUAUGGAUGAAAAAUGUUCAUUUUGUAACCUACAGAGAGAAGCAGUCAGUGAUUGUCUACCAUCUCUUGAUUCUUCACAGUCAACACCAACAGAGGAACUAUCAUCUCAGGGCCAGUCCAACACUGAAAAGAUUGAAUGCCAAGCAGAAAGUUACCUAAAUGCACUCUUUCGAAAGAAAGAUCUUCCUCAGAACUGUGAUCCUAACAUUCCCCUAGUUGCUCAGGAAUUAAUGAAAAAGAUGAUACGUCAGUUUGCAAUUGAGUAUAUUUCAAAAAGUGGUAAAAUUCAAGAGAAUAGAAAUGGUUCAAUUGGACCAAGUCUAAUAUGUAAAAGUAUUCAAAUGAAUCAAGCAGAAAACUCCCUUCAGGAAGAACAGGAAGGCCCCUUAGACCUCACUGUGAAUCGAAUGCAAGAACAAAAUACUCAGCAAGGGGAUGGAGUGUUAGAUCUCUCUACAAAGAAAACCAGCAUAAAAUCUGAAGAGUCAUCCAUAUGCGAUCCUUCUUCUGAAAAUUCAGUGGCUGGUUCAACUGUUGAUCCAAAGUCAGAGGAAGCUACUAAAAUGGAAAAAAGAAAAUCAGCAUUAAGCAAAGUUUUGGAAUCUUUGUGCAUACAUCACCAGCAACAAGUUUUGGCUAUGUUGAAAUUUCUAGUCCAAGAGCAGAAUGCUGCUUCUCUUUGUUGUUGUAAUACGUCAUAUACUGUGUCUUCAGAAUCUCAAAAGCCCCUGAGUGAAGAUGAUUUACUUGGUCUGUUCUGUAGUUGUGAAUAUAGGCUGGCAGAAAGAGGGUGUUUACAAAAUGAAAGAAAAAGCCCUGGUUUUAUGCCUCUGCCAGUCUGUAUCAAAGAUUUACAUUGUUUAUCUUGCCAAACUGUAACUGUUGAACACAUUAAGACAGUAGUGAGUAGAGGAAUUGGAAACAGUUAUCAUUCUCACAGGUGCUGUUCUGGACUCUUACCAAACAUUCACUCUACAAAAUCAGGCUUUCACACUCCUCUUCCAUCAAGGGAAGUAUGUGACGUUUCAGUCAGUCUUAAAGACGUUUGUAGAUCUCGAAGUCCCUCACCUCCACCAUUAUCACCUGUACAGACUGAAGGAUUUGAAAAAUUGAAAGACGUCAUCUCAGAGCUUUCAGCCUUAGAAAAUAACAGACUUGAAGCAAACAUGAACCAACCUCCAUCUCUCACACCAGCAGAAGUAAGCAAUGACAAGGGUGACCACGAAAGUAAAAUACAUAAAACUGAGAAAUUCGGUAACUCAGAUUCUUCACUCUUGGAAGACAGCAAUAAUUGUACUACAAAUCAUGAAAAAGGGGAAACUACUGUAAUUUUUCAAGAUUUAAUGGAUCGUAUUAAUGAAAAAUUAAAAUCAAUAGAAACCACAGAUAUGACAAACCUUAUAAAAUUAUCUAGCAGUGAUUGUAAUACCGAUAAUGAUUUAAAAUUGAGAGAUUUAAUAACCUCUCUCUUGCAUAAUGCAAAGGCCAGUGAUUACAGUUUUAUGGAAUUACUUAGUCAACAUGAUAAAAAGGUAGAAAAUAAAAUUAUUCAGACAAGAUUUCGAAAACGUCAAGAAACUUUAUUUGCAAUGCACAACUCUCCUGAUUCACCCAUGUUUAGAAGGCAGUCUUUACAGAUAAAAAGAGAACUUGCUAGUCUUGAUGAAAAUUUUAUAAGGAAAAAAUACACUGAAAAAAAUUCAAGGAAAUUGAUGUGCAAUGGUGAGAUAUCUUCAAUGGACAAAGAAGAAUUCUAUCAUUGCCAAUCACCUUUACAAAAUUCUAGAAGCCUUCAAGAAAACAGUCAUGCAGAAACAUCGUUUUCACCAGAUGAUACAUUACAAUCAUUGCAACUACCUCUUCAUAGUUUAGAAACUAACUUCGCUUUUGAUGCUUUUUCAGAAAGCUUUAAGACAACUUCUCAUGAGAAAACGAGCAUACGAAAAUCACAGGAGAAAUCUGCAGCUGGAAAAAUUUUUUUGCAAAAUCAUAAGGAGAACCCAAAAUUAGAGACUACUCAAACUCCUUUGAAAAGUGAUGUUCCAGGACUUUUGAGUAGGGCUAAACGGAAUAUUGUGCCUCCAGGGUGGUAUUCUAUAUACGUAACAAAUAAUUAUGUUUUCAAAAACUCCCCUAAGGCCAAAAAAGUUUCUGGAUCUACAAAAAAAAAGGAUCCAGUGAAAAACAUUCAGGUUGAAAGCCCACACAAUAUAGAUCUAAAUAAAAUUGCAAUGAAUUCUAAUUUACAAGUAGUUGUGGAGCGUUUGGAGGAUACAAUAAAUAUGGCCAAAAAGUCUUGGAAUAACCAGUCGUUAUCAGAAGGAUUUAAAGCACCCAAGAAGUUGAUAGAAAUUGAUGGUAAAGAUCAAAAUCCUGGUAGAAAUAUGACUCUUACUGUAAGCAGAAUGACAUGCAAAGAACAGAGUUUAUCAAAAGCUGUUGUAGCAUCCAGCAACUUGAUUAGAAGCAGUCAUAUACCUACAAUAGAUUUGAAUAACAAAAAACUUGGUAAUUUGAAAAAGUCAUCUAUUUUAGAUACUAGUAGCCUGAUUUCCAGUGUUGAAGAUGUACCAACAAAAUAUGAAGCCAUUGAGAGCUCUUUUUCCAACUAUUCUAGUCCUAUCAAACUUAUGUUGUUAUCUGAGGUUAAAAGCAGUGAAGGAGUCAAAUAUACUUUAACUUCAGUUGGUACUUCUGAAUCAAAUAUUGAUCUUCCUUCUGAAAAACAUCCAACUCAUCAUGUAAUUGAAAAAAAAACAGAAACAAAUAAGGAUAUCUCAAAUGGUAACUUGGAAAAUUAUAGUUCUGGUCUUAAUGAUUGUGACACUCUACAGGGAGAACUAAAAUGUAAUUGUGCAAAAGAAACUGCAGAAUCCUGUGCAAUGUUUAUAGAUGAUAUGAAUAAUGGUAAGACACAAGAAGAACCUAAGGAAAACUCAAGCAGUGCUGUUGAUUCAUCUUUUAAAAGAAAACCAGGUAGACCUAAGAAAAUAGGUCCCCAGGUUGUGAAACAGAUUAAGCGGCCAAUUGGAAGACCACCAAAACCUAAAACUGAUCAAACAGACAUCACUAUUUGCCAAAAUGAGUCCUUCAGUGCUAGAAAGAAAAGCCCAGAAUCUCUCAUAUCAGAAGUAAAAGAAGGUAUUUAUAAGAAGAGUAUUACAGUUACUGUUAUUUAUGGAAGGUCAAGAAGAACUAAAAGACAUGUUUCUGAAGGGAGUGUAAACAUAAGCAAUGUUAUGUCUUUAAACAAUAAUGUUGCUGAUUUUCCAGCUGAAUAUAGUGGUCUCAGAAAUAUUAGAGAAUACGAAAUUGACUCGGGUGAAAGAAUUAAUGCUGUUUCCAGUUUGACUACUGAAAGUGAGAUCUUGGGGUCUGGCUUUGAAUAUGUCAGACCUAUCAAGAACAAAUCUGUGAUACCUCAACUUUCCAAGAACAUCACUCGACCAAAUCAGAAGCCUUUGGCAAUAAUUAGGAAGCCUGGUAGACCUGCAAAAGUGAAAAUCUCUGGCAUAUCUGUGACUAUUAAUAGAAUUUCACCUCAGGAGAGAGAAGUAAGUAUUAGCAGCUGCUUACCUCCUUUAGAACAAGAGAAUAUAUUAGAAAAAAAGCUGCCUGAAGAAAAGUAUGAUCACCAAUGCAAGAAGAUCGAUACAAGGCACACGGAAACUGACAUAUUUAAGAAGGGAUCAAAAAGCAUGGUUGCUACUAUACCAUUGAGACAUUCUAUUAGGAAUAGGAAACCAUCUCUGCAUUUCUUACAUUCAUUAGCAUCUUCUAGCUCACUAAUUUAUAGAAAUACUCUGCUCCAUAAAUCAUAUAAACUCCAUUUGCAGAAAGGUAAAAGUCAGAAGGAAAAACAUAGGCAGUCAAGGAUAAAAAUAGCUUCCAAGUGUGCCCCAGGAGCUAGAAAUUCAAGGAAUGCAAAAAGGUGUUUGGAAGAUAAGUUACUACCCAUUUCUGAAGUAUCCUUGGACCCCAUCAUUUCAUCAAACCCUUUGCUCAGAUGGUGGGCUGCUUCUACUUCCAAUGAUUCCUUAUUAGAAGAAUUAAACAAUAGAUUUGAGCAAAUAACAAAUGCUUGGGUGCAAGUGAGUGGAGAUGAAGCUGAAAAUUGUGUUCAUAAAAGAAGAGAACACAUUGACAAGGAUAGUUUCAAAAUAGCAAACCCUUUGGAAACCUGUCUUUUAGAACUUGAAGUUUCACCUGUAAAAAUGCUUUUUCGGAAAAAGUAUGAUUUAAAUGAACUCUGUACCUGGUUUAUGCAAACAACAGAAACACAGUCUCUUUCACUAGUUAGAAAAGCAAAUGCUCGAAACCCUUUGGAAGUAAUAAAUACCAGAGGAAUUAAAUUAAGGACCAAAUAUUCUGAUUUUAGUACCAGCCCCUUCAGAAAGCACUUUAAAAAAUUUGCACUAUCUUCUCCUUCAAAAUCAGCAGGGAAGUUGCAUAUACUGCAUAAAAUGGUUAGCUCUCCAAUCUUAAAUGUGAAGAAUAAUUUAACACUAGCUAGAUUAAAAAGAACUGAGUUUAAGAGGUUGCAGCAUGAAAGGUGGAGAAGAGAGGGGAAACUGCUCAACCAAGGAACAGUGGAUUGGAUCUCCAAAAGGAGGAACUUGAGAUUUUUCUGCCAGAACCAAUUUUUAAAUAAGACUGAGGGGGGAACAAAUGCUGACAUCCCACUCCAAGGAAAAAACACAGUAGAUAAUCAGUUUAUUUUACCACCUGAGAUCAGGGAUGACUUUUUGCAACAAAGGGUGGCAAUGUCUGAGUUCAAAACACAUGCUAGAUUAGAGAAUAAAUUUAAGUCAGAAGCAAAGGAGAAUGGAACAAAUUACAGUCAAAAAGAUUUUGAAAAGGGACUAAGACUAGGAAAUGUAUGUUCAAAUAAUUGGAGAUCAAAAACCUUAAAAGAUUGUAGAAUAUUUUUGAGGAAGAUCAACUAUCUUGAACACAGAAAUACUUUUAAGUUAAAUACAAUAAUUUACUCUCCUGAAUCUAUUGACAGUGGAAAUAAUCGUCAGACUCAUAUAGAAGAAUCGAGGCGCUUUACCUUAAGAUCCCAUUCUGCUAGGCAAAAUUCUUUCAAAAAGCAAUCUAAAGAAAUAGAAAAUGCUAAAGCAAAUAGUCCUUCAACUGAAAAAUUUCCUGACCAACUUGACAAUAGUAAAUUAAAUAAAUGUAUUAACUAUGACAAGAAUCCUUCUGAUAGUUCCGAAGUUCUUAGCAAAUUGAACAAAAGAAAAAGACCACCAUGGAAGACCACAGAAAUGUCAACAAAAAGACAUAAACGACAGUCUUGCAACAGUGGACAAAUGGCAAACUAUUAUUCAAAAUCCCAACUAGCAUGCUACAAAUGAAAACUGAUGAGAAACUGAAUUUGUCUGAUGGGAAUACAGCAAGUUGCCCUUUGAGCCCUAUUAAGAUGUGCCUUAAUCGUCCCAUUGAAUGGAAUCUGAAUUUGACAGCAGCAUCUGUAGCGAGCUGUACAGUUCAUAACCAAAAUCUCAAAAGUGAAGACAAAUAGAUUGCCGUUCUUCUUGCACUAUCCUUAUUUUGUAUGUCAAUAUUCUUUCUGCUGAAUAAGCAUUUAUCAAUUGAUCUUGAAAUAUUUCUAGUCCUGUGAUGUCUUUAUAUUAAAUCAUUAGCAUUAAUCAUUUUGAUUAUAUUCUUUGUAUUUUUUUUACAUGUUUUACACCGGACCAUUGUGGAAUUUUGCAGUACAAAUGGAUUUUGAUGUUCUCUUUUUAGGGGUAUUUUGUGAAUUUUUUACACCCUAAGUUUAUAUACGUAAUUGUCCCCAGUUUGAUUUCUGUGCACAAAGUUUUAAUAUAUAAUGCAUUGUGAUUUAGAAGGCUAGUGUUGUAAAGCUUUGUGAUGACCUGACCCAUGAACGGUUGUAUAACAAACAGGUGGAUACCAACUACCUCGAAGCAAAUUGGUAAAAGGCAAAGGUAUCUCUUAGAAGUGUCUCUCUUUCAAAGUUAUAUAUGUAUACAAAAAUUGAUCAUAGUUUAUCAAGUAGCAUGUUUCCAUUCAUGAGAAUUUGAGCUGAUCAGUUCUCUGUAUUUUUAAACCUAUAAAGUCUGUGGGCUGUAAGAGCAAUGGCACUAUUGCAUGUUUACUCUUCAGCAAAUCUGUGCCUCUUGCAGACAAAAAGUUUGGUUUCUGUAAGUUAAGUUUUGAAUGCAAAAUGGUAAAUGGAUUUACAUCUACUGAUUUCAUUGUAUUUUAGCCAUUUGUUUUAAAGUGUAAACGAAUAGGGUCUUUUAAAAUCGGAUAAUAAUCCUUACCUUUAACUCUAAUAGUGCAAAAGCAUAGUUUCAGCAAUGGCUUAUGUGAUUGUGUCUAAAAUUUGAAUAGUAAGAAUACUCAAGUUUUGGUGGUUAAAUUUAUUUUUCCCAUACCAGAUAAAUGCCAAGUGCCAAAUUAAUUUUCCCAUGCUUUGGUAUGGUGGUCCAUGUAAGUAUGUAAGAACACAGCUCUUUCCCUUUGGAUAGCCUGGCUAGGGGGUAAAUAGGAUUUAGUUCAUUGUUUUUCUGAACACUUUUCCUUACAGCACAUUUUGUGUACCUUUUAAGUCCUUAUUUCUCUUUACCACCCCAUCCCCCAAAAUUAUUUUUAAAGCGACAGGGAUUUAACAAAAGAAGACUUACAUAAGGAAUUUGAAGCACAAUAAAAGACACAAAGCCAAGAGAAUGAAAAGUCAUCCAUUUUUCAUUGUUUUUAUAUCACAACCAUUUCUGCCUUUUCUUUUCACUUAAUAAGCAUUCUUUGUAACUUUCAGACUCCUUUUAUAUUUCUGAGUUUUAUAAAGCAUGUAUAUGUAUGUAAAAAGCAAUUUGGUUCUAAAAAGCACAACAAUCUUACUUUAGCUCCAUCUUAAAACAUCAUUUUAAAUAAAUGGUCUCUGGUAAAUAAGCUUAAAAAAGCACAAUUAUUAAAACAGAUCCAAUGUUAGGACACAUCUAUUCUCAACAAUAAAAAGAAAAGGUUAUUAUCACAGGGAUGAGAAAAAGUGUUUUAUUGAGUGUUGCAGAAAGAAAGAGGACUGAUUUCAUACAGUUUAUGUUUCCUAAGUCAGGGAAGUGCCAAUUUCAGAAGAUAAAUGAAAUUGACAGUGAAGAAAGAGUGCUCACAAAUUAAUUAGUAUAUAGAGGACUUCCUGUCACAUUCUUUUCCAACUAGUAUUUUUUUUAUUAUCCAUAAUAUUGUUAUGCCAAAAACACAGAAAACAACUCCAUGAUGAAUAUGCAUAUGUGAACAUCUCCCUAACCCAGGAAACACCAUCACAAACAUAAGCAAAUUAGGCCUUUCAUAUGCAAAUAUUUUAGGAAGAGAAAUUACCCAUGCAGGUAGCAUUAUCAAAAAUAUUUUUAGUGUGAGAAUCACAAAACAAAUGAUCAAAAUGGUAACUGCUGAACUUGGAUGCUGGGUACUUUGGUUCAUUCUAAUAGUCCUCCUCCCUUUCUAGCCAGUUUGUGGUGCUUUUGCCUCUGAGAUGUCACUUUUUAAAUGUGCUCUGAGGUGUUUUCAUCUGUGUUGGAUCUGCCCCAUCUAGGUCAGAAGCUUCCCAAAUGCAAGCUACUAGCUAGUUACACUUAAAAGCUGUCCAUAAUGUCGUGAUUUUAAACAGGAGAGUUCAUAAGCAUCGCGUGGGAAGCCUGUUUUAAAAAGCAAGUUCCUAGGCCCUCCUUAGAUUCCAAUUAAAUCUGUGUGACUGAUGCGGACGGUCUGUGGAGCACAUUGACAGACGCCAUCCUAACGCUUCAAUAGGCCAAAGUAAUGUGGAAUCGCACAGCAGAAAGUCCUACAAGAAAUCAGGCUUUUUCUGAUUUUGACACAAGGGUAACUUUAUUAAAGCAAGAACUGAACACAAUUUUAAAGGACUUUUAACAAAGACUCCACCUCCAUCAUCUC